AGGCGGCGGGAAGAAGAGGUGUCUUGAAGUACGGCAGUCCAGCCACCCGUCAGCCCUCCUAUUGACCCCCUUCCAUGCCCUGGCCACUCGUGUGACAUUUCGGGUACCCUGAGCCUCCCUCUGACCUCUCUCUUCUGGGCCCCUGCCACCCUAUAAGCACCCACACUCACCGUCCCGCCUCAUUCCCUCCUUAACCCUUCUCUCCCUCCGCACACCCUCCUGAUGCCCCCACGCCCUCCUCAUGCCGUCUUCAUGCCCUCAUGCCCUUCCCACGCCCUCACGCCCUCCUCACACCCCCUCCCAGGACGAGCUGCUCCAGGGCAGCGGUCUGCGCCCCGAGGCGCUGCACAUGGCCCCCGAGCAGGUGGAGCAGUCCCUCAAGGUCAAGCUGGGGCAGAUACAGGAGGACACCACCGACCACAACUUCAACUACUCCUCCCUCUCCCGCGAAGCCGUCCUCGCCUCGCGCCUCUCCGCCGCCUCCAAGCAGCUCCUCACCGCCCCCACCCUGCCGCUCUUCAUCCGGGCAGCACUGGACCACGUGGCCCAGCACACCGCGGAGCUGCAGCAGCUGAGGGCACCCGCAGGGGCCAAGAACCAGGAGCCGGAGGAGGGAGGCAAGGCGCCCAGUCCCCAACGUCGCGGCGGGCGGGGAGGAGCAGGAGCAGGAGGAGGCGUGUCACGGCGGGGGGGUUCCACAGCGCCCGGUGGUGGUGGUGGAUCGGGAACGGAUGCGGGGGAUGAGGAUGGCGGGAGUAGCACUCAAGAUGGAAGCAGCAGCAGCCGGGGGUCUACGGAGAUGGGUGGGGGGUGGACGGGGCGGGGUGGGGUUGGCGGCGCGGGUGGGAGAGGCGGGCGGGGGCAUGCGACGGCGGCGGCGGCGGCGCAGGCGGCAGCGGAGGCGGCAGCGGCUCUGGAGGCGGAGCAGUGGCGGUUGCCGCCGCCCAAGCAGGCUCGCACGGUGACGCUGCGGCGGCAGGAUGUGAUGGUCACAGAGGAGUGGAUGACGAACUUCGUGCAGCAGAUGGAAGCCAUCGAGCGCAGUACCCCCGACGGCCCCCCGGACGGCUCCCCGCCCCUCCCGCCCCUGCCGCCCGGCGACAUGGACGCGGGCGCCUACGUGCGCAGCCGCCUGGAGCGGCUCUGGAGCGUGCUGGGCAUGCCACCUCAGAUGCGGCUCGACAUGGUGCUGCACUUCACCGCUCGAGAACGUGCACUUACCUUUGCAACCUCCCUGGAGCUCUGGGAGACCGCCGCCACUGCCGUACUGGCACGGGAGGCGCACGUGGAGGCGCUGGUUGCCGUACAGCGGGAGAUGGAGGCGGGAGCUGCGGAGCGGUUGAGUCUGGAGGCGGUUUCGGGGCUGUGUUGUCGGCUGCUGGCGCAGACGCGGUGGGUGGAGGUGCUGUCACGGAGGCUGGCGGUGGAGGCGGGGUGGGAGCUGACGCGCGGGGGGCAGCCGUACCCGGGACCGGAGGUGAUCACUGCGGGGCACCUGAGGGUGUUCCUGGAGCAGCUGAGGGCGGCUACGCAGGUGUCUGGGCUCAGGCCGUGAGGGGGGCUGCGAGGCGUUUUGUACCGGGCCUGAGGAGGACUGGGGGGAUGUUGGGCAAGUAUGCAUGCAUGCACUUGUUGUGAUUGUUGUGUGGGGGGUAUAUGAGUGUGAAGGGGAGUAGGAUAAGGGUUUGGGUGUGCUGGGUUAGGGUUUGGGUUAGGGUUUGCGUGUGCUGGGACUGCCUUCUUCCUGGCAUGUCGCUACAGUUCAAGAGGUAGAUGUGAUCUAGGAAGGAUAUGUUGCGUUACUUGUGGUGCCACACGGGUACAAGGAAGGCGGACGGGUACAUACCUGCGCUGAGGCGGGGUGGCGAGGGGGCGGCUCGGUGCUUGGCAACAAAGGGUGUGUGGAACCAGGAGGAACUUCAUGUUGGGGUCGGUGCAUGCAGCAUGUUCGGCGGAUGCGAGUCUCUAUGUGAUACGAACUCUGUGCGUCGCAGCCGUCGCGUACCGAUGUUCGAAGCCGGGUAAGAGUUCAGUAAUAGGAGGUCGGAUGUCGCCCAUGGUAUGUGUUUUCAACGCUCCUGGGAAGGAGCAGCACAGGGUGAGGUGGCUAGGCAGCGACGUCCGGAAGCGGGGCGCCACCAUCAGUAGCGAUGAUACGGUGUCCGGGAGCUUGCAUUGUACAAAGAGUGACAUUUCCUAUUUCGGUACUGUGCGACGAAAGCCUCGAUCAAAUGCGAGCUUGGUCAUUAUGAAUUAAAGUUAUUCAUCUGGAAUUUAUAAGAAACAAGCUCCUAUAGCUUGCGCAGGGCUUCAUUCGGGGUUACGGGCCCCUGCCACA